ACCAAAAAAAAAAAUAAUUAGGAUAUCUGUCAAAAAUUUUUAUAAUCAACAAGUAAACGGAAGUGAACAUUGUUAGAGAUUCCCAACGUUUACCGGAUCCUGAAAACAAUAAGAUUGAAAUUAUUCACUAGGAUAAAUAAAUUAAAAAAAUGAAUGCAAGAUUAUCAGUUGCACUCGAUCGACAAUCGAUCAUUCGUCGUAGCAGUUCAAUUGUAAUGGCGGGUCGACGAUCAAUCAUAAGUCAUCGUAUGUCAAUAUAUGUUUCGAAUUUUUCUACUAUUACUGAUCCUCAUAAGCUUAUUGUUGAAAUUAAUAGUCAAGUUGCACUUUUUCGUGAUAUGCUAAUACAUGUUGGCCAAUCGAAAGACUGUCCGGAAUUAAGAGAGAAAAUACGUAAAUUACGAAGAUCAUGUGUGGAAGCAUGUAAACAUACAGCACAAUUAAUCCUGCCACAAGUUAAAAGUGCUUCAUCAGAUGGUAUGGUAAUAGAUAACCCACAUUUAGUACUUUUAUUUUAUUUAUCACAAUUAUUUUUACGAGAAUUAAUCAAAAGUUAUCGUUUAGUUCAAGUAAUACCAAUGGAUAUGUCAGGUUAUUAUGAUAACAGGGCAGGUCCAUCAAAUUUAGGAAAUGUUAUUAGUCAAAUAUUAUUGUGUAAGCAAAUAACACCAGAUUUUAAUCAAGAAGAAUUAUGUAGUAUAACAAAAGAUUCACAAGAAAUAGCAAAAAUUUUGGGUGAUAUGCAAGAUUUUAUGCCUAAACAUGAAACAUAUCUAGAACGUAAUACAGCACUUAUAGACGAUCAGAAUGGCUUAUGGCCAGCGAAAAGAAGGCGUAAUUCAUUAUAUAAAAAUAUGGGUUUAUUUUGUUGUGUAUCGCGACCAAAUUAUCUUUAAAAUGAAAUCAAAAUAAAAUAAAAUUAAACAAUUAUUUAAUGUAUAAAAAAUUAUAAAUAAAAAAAUAAUUAUUACUUAAGAAAAUGUAAUUUAAUAAUAAUUAUGACAAAUAUUGUGUAAGUAAAUCUAAAAUAAAUUUAAAAUAUAAUUUUCAAAAAAAGAAAAAAGUCAAUAAAUCCUAAAAGUCAAUGAAUUUUAAAAGAAAAUAACAAAUUCUCAAUUAUGUUUUGUA